UGGACACACGUCGCCCUGUACCCGGAACGAAACGCGCAAUUUUCGCGGUGCCCGAUCGAGCCGUAUCUCCGUUGGGGCAACCCCAAAUGGCCGCCAGCCAGUAAAGUCGUGUGCCGCGCGCAACCAGCGACUACCACUAUCGCAGACGAUCGCCUCGACGUUCGCCUGCACGCAGGACUAGAGUUACUCGUGAUUCAUUUUCCCGGCAGUCGUGUGAUGGUUGUGCUGCGAAGAUUUUCCUCCCUUAGCCUGCUGCCGGAACGGUCGUCAGCUGCGUGGCUACUGCUGCUGGUGAUAGCAUCCACCGUGGACCUCGGCACCGGUCCUUGGCUCGGUAGCGUGUACGGCGGGGCUGUUGGGUUGCGUGAAAAACUAAGUGUGUACGAGCAGCGGCGUUUCCAGCGCCAGAUCGAGGAGAGUGAAAACAACGGCCUGUACGAUGCGACGGAUUCUGUCAUUUCACUUACGGCGGCUAACCUGAAGCAGCGGGUGUUUAAUCAGCCACACGCAUCGUUGGUGGAAUUUUAUAACUCCUACUGUGGUUUCUGUCGACGAUUUGCUCCCAUCUGGAAACAGCUGGCCGUUGAUAUCCUUGGUUGGCAGAAGCUGGUCCGAGUAACUGCGCUUGAUUGCUCGCGAGAUGAAAACAAUGCCGUUUGUCGAGAGUUUGAGGUGAUGGCUUAUCCGACCAUUCGGUUCUUUGCUCCAUACUACACGGACGGCGAGCAAAAGAUAGGAGAACCAGUGAAAGAGCACGAUGGCCAACGUAUCACCGACCGAUUGGUGGAAUAUAUGCAGCACGUGGAGAACAAACCUACAAACUGGCCAAAUCUAACCGCCAUCAAUCGCACGGAUGAUAAAGCAACACUCUUCGAGAGCGGUACUCUGGGUGCUGCAAAACCAAAAUACGUAUAUUUGAUAAACGAGAAGGACUCGAAUGCAACAACCGGGCUGCAGGUGAUUCUGGACUUUCAUGAUACCCCGGAGGUGACCGUGUAUCGAAGCCACGAUCCGACUCUAGCAGCAAACGGUCUAUCCGCCAUAGACGGUGCAUCUAUGAGUAUCAUAGCACUACCGGUUGAUGAAUUUUCCCGGGUUGGUCUCCGCGAAGCCAUACGAACCCACCUACGGCAGCACAAUAUUCUCGUAACGGAUGUGUCGACCAAGUCGACGAAAAAAGCUGCCGAGGGAGGCUCGGGAACGACGGAGCAAAAUAUAUCCGCCUUGAUGGAACAGAAGCAGGAAGCUGCGAUCCGAGCGAAGGUGAAGGAACUCGGUGCUGCGGUCGUGUACCAAGCCGAUUUAGAGGAAGCAAUCCGAUUUGCUUUGUACCAUGAGAUUUCUCGCUAUAAGUCGAUCGAAGGCGAUCGUUUGAUGGCGCUGCGUAACUUCCUAAACGUGCUGGUGCGCUAUUUUCCGUUCAACGAUAACGGGCGCCGUUUUCUAACUGAACUGCGUCAAUACGUGCUGAAUGCCGGCGAAGAACGACUAGAUGGAGAGGCAUUUGUGGAACGUGUGAGAGCAUUGGAAACUGAACGGAAGCCAGUAUUUUCGUCGAACCACUGGAUCGGUUGUUCGGGCUCCAAAGACGGUCUCCGAAGGUACCCGUGCGGAUUGUGGACCCUCUUUCACUAUCUCACAGUGCAGGCAGCUGAGAACGAUCUAUCUAACAAUCCGUUGGAAGUUCUGGAAGCGAUGCAUGGAUACAUUAAACAUUUCUUUGGAUGUUCUGAGUGCUCACAGCAUUUCCAGCAGAUGGCUGACCGAAAUCGAAUUUGGCAGGUGCUGACUAAGGACGAUGCCAUAUUGUGGCUUUGGACGAACCACAACGAGGUGAAUAAACGGUUGGCCGGUGACGCGACGGAAGAUCCAGAACAUCCGAAGAUACAGUUUCCAAGCGUGAGCGACUGCGCCCAGUGUCGGCGCAAAAUUCUCACCAACCAUCACAAUCAUCAGCAGUACACGAUGGAAGAUGGUAAAGAGUGGAACCUUACGGAGGUAUUGACCUAUCUGAAGCACAUGUAUGCAUAUGAGAGGCGCAAUUUAUUCGGUCUGCACGACAGCAGCCUCGCACCCCAAGGUACCGAUGGUCGAUCGGAGUGGAGUGGAGCUGCCGCUUCCGGCGCACAAACCAGCUAUCAUUCGUAUGGUAACGUGCUUAGUGAUAUUGAUAUACGCUUCAGUGCGUUGCUUUACGUGACCUGUAUAGUGAUGAUUGUGAUCGCCAUCAAGAUGGUGGUAAAACGAGGCUAUCGCAAAAAGAUGUACCCGCAUGACAUUUUGGGAAAGGUUUAAAGGAAGCACCCUUCAAAAGGGCCGAUACGUAACACCUGGUACAACAUUCCGAAUGUAUCUCACUAUGCUCAAUUUGACGUGGUGAACAUACUCCAAUUUCUCGGGCGACGAGGAAGUACUGACCAUUUUAAUACUACCGUUUCAAUUUUAAUCUUUAUAGACUGCCCUUACCUGGUUCUACCUGGUAGCAGUUGCAGCGGCAGCCAAACUGUAGCUAAAACAUACCUCUGAUUCAAAGUAUGACAACUUUUCGCUUCCAUUUUCCUGGUGGAUAACGAGAAGGCAAAGUUAUUGAGCUAAAUAAAUUCUGAUUAUCAGCAUCUUGAUCAUACUUUCAUACUGAAUUGACUCUUCUAGAUGUGUAUAUCAACUCUUAC